CCCGCGGCUCCGGGGACGGGGGCGGUUGACAGGUCUGCACAAAGCGGCUCGGCGGAGGUGCGGGCGCCCCCUCGCCCCCUGUGCCGCGCCGCUCGCCCGCACGGGGCGUGCACCUCCGUCCCCGGGUGGCAGAGGGGGUGCGCGGUGGGGAUCCCGGUCUGAGGAAGGGGAAUCCCGGGCCGGGAGCUGCAGCGACGGGGCUCCCCGGGUCGCCGCGGCGCCGAGGGUCCCUCCUGAGCCAUACCGCGUUUCCUCUCUGCUCAGCGGUGUCGCCUCCCCGCGACUCCCUGCACCGCUUCGGCGCAAAGAAACAGAUUUUCUGAUACAAUGGCAACCCCACGGAGAAGGACAAAGAAAAAAGCAUCUUUUGAUCAUUCUCCGGACAGCCUGCCUUUGAGGAGCUCCGGCAGGCAGGCGAAGAAAAAAGCAACGGAGAUGACGGACGAGGAUGAAGACGGCGGGUCUGAGAAGAAGUACCGGAAGUGCGAGAAGGCGGGCUGUACGGCCGCGUGCCCCGUGUGCUUCGCCAGCGCUUCUGAGAGAUGUGCCAAAAAUGGCUACACAUCCCGAUGGUAUCACCUGUCCUGUGGGGAGCAUUUCUGUAAUGAAUGUUUUGACCAUUACUACAGAAGCCAUAAGGAUGGAUAUGACAAAUAUACCACAUGGAAAAAAAUAUGGACUAGCAAUGGGAAAACUGAACCUAGUCCUAAAGCUUUCAUGGCAGACCAACAACUCCCCUACUGGGUUCAGUGCACAAGCCCUGCGUGCAGAAAGUGGAGGCAGCUCACCAAGGAAGUCCAGCUCACUCCACAGAUGGCGAAGACCUACCGGUGUGGUGUGAAGCCAAAUACUGCUGCCAAGCCUGAGACCUCGGAUCAUUGUUCCCUUCCAGAGGAUCUGAGGGUGUCGGAGGUGUCCAGCCACUGGUGGUACUCCAUGCUCAUCCUGCCUCCGCUGCUGAAAGACAGCAUGGCGGCGCCCCUGCUGUCCGCCUACUACCCCGACUGUGUGGGCAUGAGCCCGUCCUGUGCCAGCACCAGCCGCGCAGCCUGCAGCGCCAGCCCCGGCAAGCUGGAGCCCUCGAAGGCGGCCCCCGCCGCCCCGGUUCCAGGCAUGAACCGGUACUUCCAGCCCUUCUACCAGCCCAACGAGUGCGGCAAAGCCCUGUGCGUGCGGCCGGACGUGAUGGAGCUGGACGAGCUCUACGAGUUCCCGGAGUACUCCCGGGACCCCACCAUGUACCUGGCCCUGAGGAACCUCGUCCUCGCGCUGUGGUACGCCAGCUGCAAGGAAGCUCUUACUCCGCCGAAAUGUAUUCCUCACAUCAUCGUCCGGGGGCUCGUGCGCAUCCGAUGUGUUCAGGAAGUGGAGAGGAUCCUUUAUUUUAUGACGAGGAAAGGUCUCAUCAACACGGGAGUUCUCAGUGUCGGUGCCGACCAGCGUCUUCUUCCUAAAGAUUACCACAGUAAAUCAGUCAUCAUCAUUGGGGCUGGUCCGGCAGGCUUAGCAGCUGCGAGGCAACUGCAUAACUUUGGAAUUAAGGUGACUAUCCUGGAAGCCAAAGACAGAAUUGGAGGCCGAGUCUGGGAUGACAAAUCUUUUAAAGGCGUCACAGUGGGAAGAGGAGCCCAGAUUGUCAAUGGCUGUAUUAACAACCCAAUAGCACUGAUGUGUGAACAACUUGGCGUCAGCAUGCAUAAAUUUGGAGAAAGGUGUGACCUGGUCCAGGAAGGCGGGAGAGUCACCGACCCCGCCAUCGACAAGCGCAUGGACUUCCACUUCAAUGCUCUCCUGGACGUCGUCUCUGAGUGGAGGAAGGACAAGACUCAGCUGCAGGACGUCCCUUUAGGAGAAAAGAUAGAGGAGAUCUACCAAGCGUUCAUUAAGGAAUCGGGGAUCCAGUUCAGUGACCUUGAAGAGCAGGUGCUCCAGUUCCACCUCAGCAACCUGGAGUAUGCCUGCGGCAGUAACCUGCACCAGGUGUCUGCUCGCUCCUGGGACCACAAUGAAUUCUUUGCACAGUUUGCUGGUGACCACACUCUCCUAACUCCCGGCUACUCAGUCAUCAUUGAAAAACUGGCUGAAGGGCUAGAUAUUCGGCUCCGAUCUCCAGUGCAGAGUGUAGAUUAUUCUGGAGAGGAAGUGCAUGUCACCAUUACCGAUGGGACGGGGUAUACGGCCCAAAAGGUAUUAGUCACCAUACCCCUGGCCUUGCUGCAGAAAGGCGCCAUUCAGUUCAGCCCACCACUGUCAGACAAGAAGAUGAAGGCUAUCAACAGCUUAGGCGCAGGCAUCAUCGAAAAGAUUGCCUUGCAGUUUCCUUAUAGAUUUUGGGACAGUAAAGUUCAAGGGGCUGACUUUUUUGGUCACGUCCCUCCCUGUGCCAGCAAACGAGGCCUUUUUGCUGUAUUCUAUGACAUGGAUCCCCAGAAGCAGCACAGCGUGCUGAUGUCCGUGAUUGCCGGGGAGGCGGUGGCGUCCGUGCGGAGCCUGGGCGAGAAGCAGGUGCUGCAGCAGUGCAUGGCCACCCUGCGGGAGCUGUUCAAGGAGCAGGAAGUGCCGGACCCCACCAAGUACUUCGUCACCCGCUGGAGCACAGACCCGUGGAUCCAGAUGGCAUACAGCUUCGUGAGGACGGGGGGCAGUGGUGAAGCCUACGAUAUCAUAGCCGAGGAAAUCCAAGGAGCCGUCUUCUUUGCAGGCAACAAACAGGCAUUUUCCACAAACUGUUACAGGGGCGUAUCUCAGUGGGGUUCGAGAAGCAAGCAAGAUUGCAGCAUUUUAAAUAGAAUUUGUCUGGACCAGCUUUCUUCUGCACCCCAAACAGGAAAAUAUGGAAUACAGGUUAAACCUCAUUUUCAUAAAAUCAAACAAAAAAACCUCGCUGGAGAGCAAAACGGAAGUUUUUCAGGCGGUGGCGGUGUGAUAAUACAAACCCAUUUCACUACUCCGAGGGCACUAGCCCCAAGAAUCUUUUGUAAGCACUUGUCAUUGCAUUGUACACAGGUUUGACUGUAGUGCUGUCUUCUGGAUCUCACAGCAAGGCAGAAAGAAUAUAACCUUAAAUUAAGAGCUUGAAUGUGGUUCUUCCAUGGUCCCUUUAAAUUGUGAUAUUCUGUUUGAUUAGUUUUCAAACAUUGAGAGACCAAGUCGGUCAAACAGCAAUUAUUAAAAAUUAAAAAUGAAUUCCACACAGUUACUUCCCAGGAGUGCUGAGUAUGUUUGUAGAA